AUGCUUUUUACUAGAGUCUUUACGCAACUUGAGCGAAUCCAGCAAACCUCGCUUGUUGGCUCUCGAAAUUUUUCCAUUCAUGCAUCAUGCAUGUUUUCAAAUCUCGGAAUUUACCCACAGCCUCCUAAAAUACCUUCUAGCUUUGCUAUGAUAUCCCCUGUCUUUUCAAAUGUACACCACCGUAAACCAAAUGGUUCUUUCCAUACUUUUCCUAUUUCAUACAACAAAAGCUCUCUCUCAAAAAGGGCUGCUUCUUCUACACCCAACACGCUUCAUUCCGAUAUCGCAUGGCAGGCAAUGACAACUCAAAAGCCGUUUCGUAUUUACCAAGCUGAAAACGAUAAAACAUAUCGUUUUUUGUAUCUGCUUUUCCUGGCCACCACUCUAAAUGCUGCCUUCUUUGCUACCCUCACUGGAUUAGAUAUGUAUCGUUCUGGUGAACUGGGUUUCCAGAAUUGGUACACCUAUACUUACUCUGAGAAAGUCAUGAGAAUUGGUUCUUGCUUAGUGAUUCCGUUGCUAUACUUGGCAACUGCUUUUCUAUUUUUUCUGCCACGAAGAACCGUUCAUUCCGUUUACGCAUUGCCUGCACGUCAAAUUGAAUUCAAGACCGGUCUUCCCGGACCCAACAAUCACCUCUAUUUCGAAAAGUCUAUAAAGCUUCCACGCAAUGAAGUGUUCAUACUUUCACAAUCUCUUGAUAAAAAUCCCAUGGUUAUGAAAGUAAAUGGUACGCGUUUUUUUUAUCUCUUGGACACGAAUGGAAACUUCACGGGUGGAUCUAAGAACAUUCUAUCUUGUUUAAUUCCAACACAAAAGUUGCGUGGUUAA